AUGAAUUCGUCUCGGUGUAACGAGUCUUUCGGCCCCUACGCCAACGGCUGCAGAAGCCGGUUUGAUUUUACUCUGCUUUUUGAAGAAUCUAUACUCAUCCUGCCGAUCACGGUUUUGUUUCUACUUGUUGCCCCUUGUCGAGCUACUUAUCUCCUGCGCAAGAACAAAGUAAAGAUAACAUCCCUGCUUCUGCUGGCGUCUCAGAUCGCUCUUCUCUUCUACUGGACACAACCCUCAGCUGUCGCUACGAAGGCCUCUCUACCAGCUGCCGCCUUGUCAUUUGUUGCAUCAAUAAGCCUAUUGGGGUUAUCCUAUGUCGAGCAUGUCUAUUCAUAUCGGCCCUCCACUGUGCUCAACCUCUUCUUACUUUUCUCAGUGCUUUUUGAUGCUACGCGAACACGAACGCUGUGGCUUCAAGGCUACAAUCGCCCUCAAGCCAUUGCUGCUCUUGUAGCAACAGUUAUCAAGAUUCUUUUGUUAGCUGUAGAGGCCAUCGAGAAGCGUAAAUUCUUGCGACCGCAGUAUCGGGAUCUACCUUCAGAAGUAACGAGCGCUUCCAUGAAAGGGGAUUACGCUUUGAUGUUCACAGUCUUCAGAACACUCAAGGGACCUCUCCUUGCAAUUGUCUUCCCCCGAUUAUGUUUCAUUGGCUUCACAUUCUGCCAGCCAUUUCUCAUUUCAGCCACGUUGGCAUGGGUGGAGAGCGAUAAGAACUCUGAUGACACGAGCAAGGGCUAUGGCCUCAUAGGUGCUUGGUUCCUUGUCUUUGUUGGAUUGGCUGUCACCACCGGGCAAUACCAGCACAUGACUGUCCGCGCCACUACCAUGGCACGUGGCCAACUUAUCUCAAUGUUGUACGACAAGGCUACGGAUAUGAGCAUCACUGCUGCCAAUCCCACAGCAGCCCUGACACUUAUGAGUGCCGACAUUGAAAGGAUCGACACAGGAUGGCGGACAGCUCAUGAUGUCUGGGCAAAUUUGAUCGAGAUUGUCAUUGCGGUCUACUUACUUGGACGUCAGCUUGGCUUGGCUUGUCUCAUUCCUGUGGGAGCGGCUAUAUUCUCCAUCGUCGGCUCUGUGAUUGCUGUUAGCUUCGUCAUGGCACGUCAGGCUAUCUGGCUUGAGGCAAUCGAGAGGAGAAUCUCCGUCACAUCUCAGAUGUUGGGAAGCAUGAAAGGCGUUAAGAUGUGCGGUCUAUCCUCUGUCCUUGGUACUCGGAUCCAAGCUAUGCGUGAAGAAGAAUUGCACAUCUCAGGCAAAUUUCGCAGACUGUUGAUCUGGAAUAUGGUCUUGGCUUACCUCGCUCCUAUUUUUGCUCCGAUUCUGAGCUUUAUGACAUAUAGUCUUCUAGCUCAAUCCCAAGGAGGAAGAGGAAACUUGGAUACGAACCGAAUGUUCACAUCCUUAUCACUAUUCGCACUCUUACAAGAUCCCCUGGCGUCUUUCGUCACCGCACUAUCAUCCUUCAUGGGAUCUGUUGGAAGCUUUGUACGCAUUCAAGCUUUUCUGAAAUCAGUGCCCCGCGCCGAUGAUAGGAUCAUUCGAGACCGUGGAAAGACAUCUAGCUCUUUGGUCUCUAAGACAUCAACUACCGAGCAAGAAAAGGGUAGCGUUUCACCCUCCACAGAGCCCAAGAUGCUGGUAGAUGAUCCAAUUGGAGGUUUGCUUGACGGCAAUAGCGUUGUCGUGAAGGACGCUUCUUUCGGAUACGACAAGAACAAGAAGCCGGUCUUGAGCAAUAUUGACGCCGUGGUUCCCAAGGGUAAGCUCACUCUUGUAGUGGGACCCGUCGGAAGUGGCAAAUCAACGUUUCUCAAGGCGAUUCUCGGAGAAGUGAGCGUUAUGAAAGGUUCCGUCCAUGUUUCAAACACUGACGUUGCCUUCUGCGAUCAAACCCCUUGGCACAUGAAUGGUACAGUCCGUGAUAGCAUCAUCGCCUUUUCUCACCCGGACGAGCGCUGGUACCACAAGGUAUUGGAAGUUUGCGCUUUGAAUCAGGACCUCGCUCAUCUGCCCCAAGGCGAUCUUAGCAAUAUCGGAAGUAAGGGUAUUGUCCUUAGUGGAGGUCAGAGUCAUCGAGUCAGUCUGGCAAGAGCAGUGUAUGCUCAACGACCCACGAUUGUUCUUGAUGAUAUCUUCAGUGGUCUGGACGCUCAUACCGAGAACGCUGUGUUUAACAACCUUCUCGGCAGUCAUGGCAUUUUGCGAGAUCUGAAAACGACUGUGAUUAUCGCAUCUUCUCGUUCCAAUCGGCUCCCAUAUGCAGACCACAUCAUUUGCCUUGAUGGCACUGGCACAGGCUGUAUCCAAGGCAGCUUCGGGAAGCUUAGAGAGUCUGACAAUUACGUUUCUCGUUCUUCCGCAUCAGCAGUAGACGGGAAGCAAUUGAAAGAGGCUGGUACUACUGCCACUCCUGCAUCUGCCGCUCCCGAGUCUACUGAUGCGCUACCAACAUUAGACACGGCCCUGCUUGAUCCUGAAGAUGGCAGCCCAAGCCGCCGCACCGGCGACGUAGCAAUAUAUAUGUACUACAUCCGUGCUAUUGGCUGGAUCCCGACGAUGGUCUUCGUUCUAGCUAUCUGCGCCUACAUUUUCUGCCAGGCGUUUCCUACCAUCUGGCUUAAUUGGUGGGCGGCUGCUAAUGCGAAAGAGCCUUUCACAAAACUUGGUUACUACCUCGGUAUUUACGCCAUGCUCGGUGGGCUAUCCAUCAUUUUCUUGGUUUUGAGCACCUGGCAGAUGAUUGUUACAAUGGUACCACUAUCCGGUAACAAUUUCCACCAAAGCUUGCUGAACACAGUCCUCGACGCACCCAUGUCAUUUUUCGCAGCCAAUGAUUCUGGGGCAACCAUCAACCGAUUCAGUCAGGACUUGCAGCUCAUCGACAUGGAUUUGCCACUCUCUGCCCUCAACACCUUUGCCACGUUCGUGCUUUGUAUCGCUGAGAUGAUUCUCAUUGCUGUCGGUUCCUAUUACACGGCCAUUGCGUUCCCUUUUCUGUUUGCGACGCUGUGGGUUGUUCAGCAUACUUAUCUCCGAACAUCACGUCAGCUGCGGUUUAUGGAUCUUGAAGCGAAGAGUCCACUUUACGCCCUCUUCACGGAGUCUGUGACUGGCCUAGCGACACUACGUGCAUUUGGGUGGCGCGAAGCUCUUGAGACAAGACACCAUGAGCUUCUGGACAGGUCUCAAAGACCAUUCUACCUUCUUUACGCCGUGCAGAGAUGGCUUACCCUCGUUCUUGACAUGAUUGUCACUGUCAUAGCUGUGUUGGUCGUGGUGAUUGUCACUCAGCUAAGAGGUAUCCUACCAGCAGGAUUAAUUGGUGUCGCGCUCGUCAAUAUCAUUCAAUUCAGUCAGCAUCUCAAGUUGUUGAUGACGUUUUGGACAACACUUGAGACUCAUAUUGGCGCAAUCUCUAGAAUCAAGUCCUUCACGACAGACACUGCCUCUGAACAUGAGCCGCAAGAGAAGGAGCAACCUCCAUCCACAUGGCCGUCUGAAGGUACAAUCGUAUUCGAUCGAGUCUGGGCGGGAUAUAAGGAAUCUGAACACGUCCUCAAGAAUGUUUCACUAUUGAUCGAAGCUGGACAAAAGAUUGGUAUUUGUGGACGUACUGGAAGUGGUAAAAGUUCCAUGGUGUCGGCCAUCUUCCGUAUGGUAGAUAUCCACAGUGGUCGCAUACUGGUAGAUGGCCUUGACAUCAGCACCAUCCCCCGCGAGGAGAUUCGCAGAAGACUCAUCGGUGUACCCCAAGAUGCAUUCCUCAUUGAAGGAGGUAGCGUGAGGCUGAACGCUGACCCUGCUGGAGGUCUUUCAGACGCCGCCAUUGAAGGCGCCUUAAAGUCUGUUGACCUCUGGGAAAUUGUAACCAAGAAGGGCGGCCUCGAUGCGCUUAUUGAAGAGCUACAUCUUUCGCAUGGUCAGAAGCAGCUCUUUUGCAUCGCACGAGCUAUUGUACGUUCAUCGCCAAUUGUAAUUCUUGACGAGGCGACAAGCAGUGUUGACGCACAUGUCGAUGAGCUUAUUCAACGUCUGGUACGUGAGAAAUUUCAGGGACGCACUGUCAUUUCGGUUGUCCAUAAGCUCCAUUCUGCUCUAGAUGACUUUGACAUGGUUGCUGUCCUUGACGCGGGCGAACUCCAAGAAUUCGGAACGCCUCGAGAGCUGCUGGCAAAGGGACCCCGGAUUUCUACUUUUGCUUCGAUGUACAACAGCCUCAUGGCAUAA